CUAUUAGUUCCGUAUUCUUUAUCAUACCCAACUAGAUUGGCGCGAUGUCAGUCGAUUUUGACCCCGAUUUCAUUGAAUUGUGCUACCAAAAGUAUAAUGACGUACUCCGUCAGAAGGCUAAAACACUGACAAAGACACCCAGGCGACCAAAGGGCGGAGACACACUACUGGAGCUGGACAGUUGGUUUCAGGAAGAGCUCCCAAAACUUAUGCAGAGACGGGAAGAAAAAUAUAUCACACAUGAGGAGAUUAGCAAACUUAUGGUUUGGAAACUAAUGAGAGGUAAAUUCCGGCCUCGUUUGACUGAAAUGGUCCAGGAAAACAAACCAGAGGAUGUAAUCAGUGCUAGUAAAAAAGCCUUCAAAGCUCUACCGAAUCUCUCUAAGGCCAUUUCGGCACUGACUGUCUUAAAGGCCGUUGGACCUGCAACAGCCUCAGGAAUCCUGGCAGCAGGGGCACCAGAACACGCUCCCUUCAUGGCAGACGAGUCCAUGCUGGUUUUCCCUCAGCUCCAACCUCUAGACUAUACUCUGAAGCGUUACCUCCUGUAUGCAGAACUAGUUGAAAACCAGAUGACUGAUCUCAAAGGCAAAGGUUCCGAGUUCGACUGGACACCCCAUAAACUUGAAUUGGCACUGUGGACUUCCCAUACUGCAGGUCAACUUGACAUCGACAUUGCGGUCAAGGGGAAGGCGCCAUCAGAAAAGGCUGGCAAAGGUGUUGGGAAGAAGAGAGCCGCAUCCACUGAUACAGAUCCGCAAAAUGGGAACAAGAAGUCCAAGAAAAGACAUUAACAAACUCAAAAGAAAUACACAAAUAAAGGGCCACAAGACGUCUUAGAAAUGACAUUGACGAAUUCUAAACUGUUUUCUUUUUACCAUGCUCUUCAUGCCGGGGGACGAGGGGGGCGAUUGCUUUCUUCUCUGUGUCAGAGUCGCACGCUGCCUGUUGCGAAUACAGAAAGGGAAGAAGACACUAUGGUUUACUGUAAUGUCGGCGAGGAGCUGUUGCGCCCGGUUAUUGUGACUUUUAAGAUGGCAGCACUUUCAUUCGAACGGCGAAGAGCCUUGACUUCGACGGACCUCAUACGUCAUUAGUACCGAUUGUGUGGGCCAAGUCGAUGUUAGUUUAUGUACCUCUCUCUAGCGCUGUAUCUCCUCUAGGCGGUAUCUUUUCCCGCCUUGGAUUCCUGCCCUACAUGUAGCAUAAUGAGUUUAGUUAUCGGCGUCUGUCAUGUUUAAUAGGAGAUUGAUGGAGGUAAAUCGCACUGUCCGAAUAGAAGAAAACAAAGAACAUUACAAGCCCAGGAUAACGAGAUCAAGGUUUCGACCCACGCAGGUUUAGUUUCUCUCGUUUUAGGAGGAUGUUACACGCAGCAAACUAGUAACUGGUGUAAGCUUUUUCCUUUACCUUGACUUAAAGUCGGUGGUGGCAUCCUUUUCCAGUAGAAUAUAAGAAAAUCGUCUCAGAA